AUGGCAAGAGUUCAUCUAUUAUUAUGCUUCACCAUUCUAUUUGCAUCUGUAACCCUUUUUGACGUGGCUUCAGCUUUUCUGAAGCUAAAGCCAUCUUUGCCUAAGAUUGAAGAUCCGAAGACGGUGGCUGAUGUGGAAGGCUACACGGUUAAAGUAGUGAUGGUAUUUGUGGGGGACCUCGAGAAAGAAUGUCCUAAAACAAGCAAAUUCAAAAUGUUCUUCGACAAACUCAGAGGAUUUGCCAAGUUUGUUUGCCCACUAAAUUUAUUUCGCAAAAAAGACGAUGCUGAAGUGAAGUCCAAAGAAGAUGGAAUCAUCAAAACCAUCGCCUCUUUUGCUGUUGGAAGGAUAAAGAGGGAAAUUCAAGAGGAGAAAGAAGAAGCUAUCGAAACCUUUAAGUUUAUGAAAACCUUGGGUGGUAAAAUUUUGGGUGGCCGCAAGAAAGAAGAGAAGGAAGAAACCAUGACACUAACACCUGAACAGCUGAAAGAAAUCAAAGAUGGGAUCUUAAAGUGGCAGACUGUGAUUACUAAGGUCGUAAACACUAUGGUAGUCAGCACAACAACAACAACAACAACAACCAACGAAGGCUCUGAUAGCGCCACCACCACCCCCACCGCUGGAGACUCUUCGAGUCCUAACUCCGGAACCGAUACUGGAAGUCCAUCAAACAAGCCAUCAGCUGGUUCAAACCCUGGAGCUGGAGCUGGAACUGGAACUGGAACACCCUCUAAGGAUACAGACAAGCCAUCAGCUGGUUCAAACCCUGGAGCUGGAACUGGAACUCCCUCUAAGGAUACAGACACGCCAUCAGCUGGUUCAAACCCUGGAGCUGAAACUGAAACUCCCUCUAUGGAUACAGACAAGCCAUCAGCUGGUUCAAACCCUGGAGCUGAAACUGGAACUCCCUCUAAGGAUACAGACACGCCAUCAGCCGGUUCAAACCCUGGAGCUGGAAAUCCCUCUAAGGAUACAAACAAUCAAUCAAACUCUGCUUCAAGUGAAACUAAAAGUACUACUACUAGCCAGACCAAAGAGGUGACAGUGACAGAAGUCGAGACUCAGACUUCCGAACAAGUUAUGGCAUUCUUAAUGAACCUAGAAAAGAAGUGUCCACCAAAAGACGAAUACAAGCAGUUUUUCGAGCAACUAAAGAGUACCAUGACAGGUUCCGCAAAGGUUGCUUCUCCAAAGAGAAAAGGCCUAUUCGCUAGGAUCAAAGGUGCUGUUGGCAAAAUAGGCGAUGCCAUGAAAUUUAUUCGUUCAAGAAUUACUGGCAAAUCAGCAGAAGUAAAGAAGUCAAUGGAAACUUUCCAAACAGAAGUGAUAAAGUCUAUGGAAGAACUAGAUGCAAUCCACGCUAAAAUUGUAGCCCAAAAUCAAAGCAAGAAAGGAGGAACAAUGACAUGCACACCAGAACAACAAGCAGAGAUUAAAACGACAAUCACCAAAUGGGAACAAGUCACAACCCAAUUCGUUGAGGUUGCUAUUAAGAGUGAAACUUCCACAACUUCUUCUACUGAAACAUCUUCAACGGGAAAGGCCCAGGCAAAUUGA